GUGAAAAACAAGCUCUUCGGAAGCAACGUAAACAACAACAUCAGCAAAACAGGGUCAAAAGGACAGAAGAAACAAAAACAAAAGCAAAAGUGGAGAGAGAGAAGGAAAAGAAAGGUGAUGUGAAAACAAACCAAACACUCCUUUUCUUUGCCUCUCGUUUUCUGUCUGGUAUAUGGGGGUUUCACUCACUCUCCCCCUCUCUCUCUCUCUCUCUACACUGUCUACAGUCUCUCUCUUUUAGGCUUCCCCGAGAUCCCGAUCCCGAUAUCAUUCCUCCACUCUCUUGUUGCCAGAUGCAUAACACAGACAAAACUGAGAACCACUCCUUUCUGCUCGUGAGCUGCGUGUCACUUCUCGCGUGACAUAACCAGCCUCCAUGGCGCAGAGAGCUUCCACUUGCUAGACAGAGAGGAGUUGUCCGCGGUGAGAGCUCACUUGGGUGGCUUCUCGUUUUUCUUGCUUCUUCGAAGUAGCAGCACGGUUUGCAGGACGUUGAAGAUAAAAAGAAAAAAAAAAAAGAGUGUGGUCCUGACGGGCGUCUCUCUGGAAAGACUCGUGUUUUUCGCAUUUAAAAUGAAAGAGGAGCGUUUCUAGCUUCUGGGUUUGAGGAGGGCCAUCUUCUUUUGCCGAUUCAAUAAGUUGGCAACCCGGUGGAGACUUUUGCAUGACCUCUCUCUCCUCAGGUUCUGUCUUUGCGAAUUUGGAAUAUCUUUGGUUUUGUUUUUGCGCCUUUGGGUAAAUAUGAAGUGAUGAUGGCGGUGACUUCGGCCUGUAAGGACAAGUUGGGGAUGGACAACGGGAAAUAUGUGCGCUACACGCCCGAGCAGGUUGAAGCCCUCGAAAGGCUGUAUCAUGAGUGUCCAAAGCCAAGUUCUCUGAGGCGACAGCAGCUGAUUAGAGAAUGCCCAAUUCUCUCGAAUAUCGAGCCGAAGCAGAUCAAAGUUUGGUUUCAGAAUCGAAGGUGUAGAGAGAAGCAGAGAAAAGAAGCGUCACGCCUUCAAGCAGUGAAUAGGAAGCUGACUGCAAUGAACAAGCUUUUAAUGGAGGAGAAUGAUAGGCUGCAAAAGCAAGUGUCCCAGCUGGUGUAUGAGAACAGUUAUUUCCGCCAGCAGACACAAAAUGCAACCCUCGCCACCACCGAUACGAGUUGUGAAUCGGUCGUGACCAGUGGUCAGCACCAUUUGACUCCUCAGCAUCCACCAAGGGAUGCCAGCCCUGCAGGACUUUUGUCCAUUGCAGAGGAAACUUUAACGGAGUUUCUUUCGAAGGCCACUGGAACCGCUGUGGAGUGGGUCCAAUUGCCCGGGAUGAAGCCUGGUCCGGAUUCCAUUGGAAUCAUUGCUAUUUCUCAUGGUUGCACUGGUGUGGCAGCACGUGCAUGCGGUCUCGUGGGUCUAGAACCUUCAAGAGUUGCUGAAAUCCUCAAAGAUCGGCCUUCGUGGUAUCGUGAUUGCCGAGCUGUGGAUAUUGCAAAUGUGCUGUCGUCUGGAAACGGUGGGACUGUUGAGUUGCUGUACAUGCAGCUCUAUGCUCCUACCACUCUGGCACCGGCUCGUGACUUCUGGUUGCUGCGCUACACAUCUGUAAUGGAGGAUGGGAGUCUUGUGGUAUGUGAAAGAUCAAUUAACAACACCCAAAAUGGUCCUAGUAUGCCUCCUGUCCCUCAUUUUGUGAGAGCUGAAUUGUUGUCUAGUGGAUAUCUGAUCCGGCCCUGUGAAGGGGGUGGGUCGAUAAUUCAUAUCGUUGAUCACAUGGAUUUAGAGCCGUGGAGCGUGCCUGAAGUAUUGCGCCCACUUUACGAGUCGUCAACUUUGCUCGCACAAAGGACGACGAUGGCGGCUUUACGCCAUCUGAGGCAGCUUUCUCAAGAAGUUUCCCAGCCGAAUGUCACUGGUUGGGGAAGAAGACCUGCGGCACUGCGUGCUUUAGGUCAGAGAUUGAGCAAGGGUUUUAACGAAGCUGUCAAUGGAUUUAUGGACGAUGGUUGGUCUAUGUUGGAAAGUGAUGGUGUCGAUGAUGUUACUCUUCUCAUCAACUCGUCACCGGCCAAGAUGGCUGGCGUGAACAUUUCUUAUGCAAGUGGUUUUCCUUCCAUGACUAGCGCGGUCUUGUGUGCAAAAGCAUCCAUGCUGCUGCAAAAUGUGCCUCCAGCAAUACUCUUACGGUUUUUGCGAGAGCAUCGAUCAGAGUGGGCAGACAGCAGUAUCGAAGCGUACUCUGCUGCGGCAAUCAAAGCCAGUCCAUGCAACAUGCCAGGGGCACGAAUUGGAGGCUUUGGGAGUCAGGUUAUUCUUCCGCUUGCUCACACAAUUGAGCAUGAAGAGUUUAUGGAGGUUGUUAAACUUGAAAACAUGGGCCAUUAUCGGGACGACAUGAUUAUGCCAAGUGACAUCUUCCUCUUGCAACUUUGCAAUGGAGUGGAUGAAAACGCUGUUGGCACAUGUGCUGAACUAAUUUUCGCUCCCAUUGACGCAUCCUUUUCUGACGAUGCACCCAUUAUUCCUUCGGGAUUCCGCAUCAUUCCUCUUGAUCCAGGAACGGACGCCUCCAGCCCGAACCGGACACUUGAUCUUGCCUCAGCUCUUGAUGUUGGGCCCACAGGCAACAAAGCAGUCGGUGAUAAUUCUGGUCAUAGUGGAAGCACCAAAUCUGUGAUGACUAUAGCCUUCCAAUUUGCGUUUGAAUUACACCUUCAAGAGAAUGUGGCGUCCAUGGCUCGCCAAUACCUCAGAAGUAUAAUAGCAUCUGUUCAGAGAGUGGCAUUAGCACUCUCACCCACAAAUUUGGGCUGUCAUGCGAGUCUUCGCCCACCACCCGGCUCUCCUGAAGCGCACACGCUUGCCCGUUGGAUCUCCCAAAGCUACAGGUCCUAUCUUGGCGUGGCGUUACUCAAGAGCGAGGGCGGUGAUUCUUUGCUAAAAGAUCUAUGGCAUCACUCAGAUGCAAUCCUAUGCUGCUCUCUCAGGGCAGCGCCGGUUUUCACAUUUGCUAACCAAGCAGGACUUGACAUGCUGGAAACGACCUUGAUUGCGCUGCAAGACAUUACCCUGGAAAAGAUUUUCGACGACAGUGGAAGAAAGACUCUCUGCUCGGAAUUCCCCCAGAUAAUGCAGCAGGGUUUCAUGUGUCUCCAAGGUGGUAUCUGCCUGUCAAGUAUGGGGAGGCCGGUUUCGUACGAAAGAGCGGUAGCUUGGAAGGUGUUGAAUGAAGAAGAGAAUGCUCACUGCAUCUGCUUCAUGUUUGUCAACUGGUCAUUCGUCUGAAACUAAGCUAUGUCAAAGAUCUAGUGAGCAUCGCAUCGCUCUCUACCUUUGGUCCUCUUUUUAGGCAAUAGAGAAAUCGAGAACACGGUUAGUAUUAUGGUAACUAGAAGCGACACCGGUCGAGAAAUUUUUGUCGUCCUUUCUUAUGCUUUGAUCGGUGCCCUGUUUAUGAAUCAUUAUGACGAUGCUUAAUUAUAUUUUCUCUUCGUCGGGA